AUGUCUAAGCACUUUGAUUACAUUAUCAUUGGCUCAGGUCAAGCUGGGACGCCCCUCUCGACUGCCUUUGCAAAAGCAGGCAAGAAGACGGCACUCAUAGAGCGAGCGCAUGUCGGAGGAUGUUGUGUCAACGAGGGAUGCACACCUACAAAGACCAUGAUCGCCAGCGGUCGCGUCGCAUACCUUGCUCGACGCGGUCAAGACUAUGGCGUUCAUACUCCAAGUGAUGGCAUAGCGGCCAAGACGCUUGAAGGCAACAGCCAGAACGAAGUAAGCGUGGAUAUGGCAAAGGUGCGCGAGAGGAAGAGGAACAUCGUCACCGACUCGCGUACGCGCAACGAGAAUCGCGUCAAGGAUGCCGGCGUCGACUUGUUCAUGGGGGAAGGCAGCUUCGUCGAUUCGAAGACGAUCAAGGUCAAGAUGGGAGAUGGAAAGGAGGAGACGAUUACAGGAGACGUGAUCUGUAUAAAUACGGGCGAGAGACCGGCCAGUCCGAAUUUAUCUGGGAUUGAAACCGUUCCAAAGGAGCGCAUUCGUGAUUCUACAUCAAUCAUGGAGCUCGGAGAGGUUCCUAGUCAUCUCUUGGUUGUGGGCGGUGGCUACAUUGGUUUGGAAUUUGGGCAACUGUUCCGCAGACUGGGAGCCGAAGUGACAAUUAUCCAACGCGGGAAGCAUCUCAUGCCUCGCGAGGACCCAGACAUCACCUCCGCUCUACUGGAGAUUGUUCGAGAGGAUGGAAUCACGGUGCACUUGGAAGCAGCGGCGCACUCGGCAUCCUACGCAUCUGGCCAGAUUCACAUCUCUAUCAAGGCACCAACCGGAGAUCUCAAUCUGUCAGGUUCACACAUCCUCUUCGCGUCCGGACGCGUUCCCAAUGUCGAAUCUCUCAAUCUCCCGGCCGCUGGCAUCAAGUUUGACGGAAAGAAGGGAUAUAUUCUGUGUAAUGACAAGUUAGAGACAAACGUACCAGGGAUAUAUGCGCUUGGCGACGUCAAAGGCCCUCCGGCAUUUACGCAUAUCUCCUAUGACGACUUUCGCAUUCUUCAAACAAACUUGAUCACAAACUCCUCUAACCCGUCUGCAAAACCGGCAACCAUCACCGACCGUCUCGUUCCAUACGUCGCAUACACGGAUCCUCAGCUCGGUCACGUUGGUCUUCAUGAAUACGAGGCACGCACCAAGUAUCCCAACGCAACAAUCAAGACGGCCAAAAUGCCAAUGAAUUACGUGGCACGUGCGUUGGAGACGGAUGAGAGUAGGGGGUUAAUGAAGGCAGUCAUUAAUGCAGAUACCGGGAUGAUUCUCGGGUUCAGCUGUCUAGGUGUAGAGGGUGGAGAAGUCAUGGCUAUUGUACAAACGGCCAUGAUGGGGAAUCUGAGAUGGGAGGUCUUGAGGGAUGCGGUUUGGGCGCAUCCGUCCUUGGCGGAGAGUUUGAAUAAUCUCUGGGGCUUCCUAGAAUAG